AUGGAGCUUCCACGGGUACCCCUACAUCCGGGGCCAGAAGUGUACGAUGUAUUAACACUUCAGGAGAAGCAUCGAUCACAAGGUGUAUGGGAUGGGAGCUUGAGAGGACCGACAGAAUGCCUAAAUCCACGCCGCACGGAUAUCGAAUUUUGGAAGCACGUGAGGCGUCAUCCUCGCAUCCUUGACUACUUUGGCCUAUGUGGAUUUAAGGGAGUAGUAGAGGUAGGAUGCGUAUCAUAUGAUUGGGCAGUCAUCACUGCACUUGUAGAGAGAUGGCGUCCUGAGACGCAUACCUUUCAUCUGCGUACGAGUGAGGCCACUAUCACAUUACAAGAUAUUGAGAUCAUGUUUGGCAUGGUUAUAGGUGGUAACCCCUUGAAUGAACUUAAUGCUAGAAAUAUAGACAUUAUGGGGUGGCAACAUUUGAUCUACGAGCUUACUGGUUGGGCACCCGGUCAGGAUUGUUUUAGCGGUGUUAGUAGGUUGGAAGUAAAAAAAUUAAUUGAAUAUAUUAGAGGCUUAGAUGCCAUUACAGACCAGACCCCAGAAAUUGAUGUGCAAAAGCGGAUUAGGUUAUACUUGCUAUGGCUCUGUGGCGGCACGAUAUUUCCGGAUAAGUCCGGUGACUUACUUAAUUUAGACUAUUUGCUUGACAUGCGUGGCCUUAGAGCAAUGAGUACACAAGCUUGGGGAGCGGCUGCAUUGUCAUAUUUGUAUACUUGUCUGUGCCGCGCUUCGAUGAAAAAGGCCAAGGAUGUUUGGGCUUGGGAGCACAUUAUACCGAUGCAGCCACCAUGCAGGGUUCUUCCGCCACACACGGCUCUUGCACGAAAGUGGACUCAUCGUAAAUCCCGCGAAAAUGAGGCACGUGAUGUGCUACCCAUAUGUAGGGAUGUAUUGGACAACCUAAUCGAUGGCCAGUUUGUGUGGCAGCCUUAUUCAGACUCCCUGAGUGGUGUCUGA